AUGAACACGAUUAAAGUCGAGAUUGACACCGAGAAUCAACUCAUUUCUGUCUGGAACAACGGUGCUGGUAUUCCAGUGGAAAUUCAUCAGAAGGAGAAGAUCUAUGUCCCAGAGCUUAUCUUCGGAAACCUAUUAACUUCUUCCAACUACGAUGAUGACGAGAAAAAGGUCGUCGGUGGUCGUAAUGGAUUUGGGGCCAAACUUGCAAACAUUUUCUCUAACGAGUUCACUGUGGAGACUGCAGAUGCCCAGCGUGGGAAGAAAUACAAGCAAGUCUUUCGUAAAAACAUGAGCGAAAAGGAUAAACCCAGCAUCAAAUCGAACGGCAAAAAGGAAGCCUACACCAAAAUUUCCUUCUCCCCAGAUCUCACUCGCUUUGGCAUGACCCAUCUAGACGACGAUAUUGUCUCUCUCAUGAAGAAGAGAGUGUAUGACAUCGCCGGUAUUAGCUCUAAUCUCAAAGUCUACCUCAACGGCAAGAAGAUUCCGGUCAAGUCUUUCAAGGAUUAUGUCGCCUUGUAUAACGACAAGGGUGGUCCCAGCACUGUGAUGUACGAAAGAAUCAGCGACCGAUGGGAGGUGGCCAUCACAGCAAGUGAGGGACAACUCACACAACUUAGUUUUGUCAAUUCGAUCUGGACUAUCAAGGGCGGAACUCACGUGACCCAUGUCGCCGACCAAAUCGUGUCCAAAGUUGCCGAGCAUAUUGCUAAGAAAAACAAGGGUACUAAAGUCAAACCCUUUCAGAUUAAGAGUCAGUUGUCCUUGUACAUCAACUGCCUCAUUGAGAACCCAUCGUUUGAUUCACAAACAAAGGAAACGCUGACGACUAAGCCGAGUAAGUUUGGCUCGAAAUGGUCUCUUUCUGCUGAUCUCACGAAGAAGGUCAUGAACAGUGAAAUCAUUGAAAACGUUCUCGCCUUUGCUAAGUUCAAGGAAUCAAAGGAACUCGCGAAAACGGAUGGAGGCAAGCGAGUGAGGCUUACCGGAAUCACAAAAUUCUACGACGCGAAUAGAGCAGGUACACGUGAGGGUUCAAAAUGCACGCUCGUUUUAACAGAGGGAGAUUCGGCUAUGGCCACAGCCUUCUCAGGACUCUCUGUAGUUGGGAGGGACUACUACGGUGUCUAUCCGUUACGUGGAAAGAUGCUGAAUGUGCGAGAAGCCAAGCAUAAACAAAUCAUGGACAACAAGGAGAUCAACAACCUCAAGAAAAUCCUUGGUCUGCAGCACAAUAAAAAAUACUGCAAAGAAACCAUGAAGUCUCUUCGCUAUGGUCACGUCCUGAUCAUGGCAGAUCAAGACCAUGACGGCUCUCACAUUAAGGGUCUCAUCAUCAACUUCUUCGAUCACUUCUGGCCGGGUCUUCUGCAGAUAGAUGGCUUCUUACAGGAAUUAAUUACCCCAAUCGUGCAGUGCACCAAAGGACAGAAGAAAAAGGUCUUCUUCACUAUACCCGAAUACGAAACAUUUUGCGAGAGUUCAGAAUCAGCUGGAUGGGAAGGCAAGUAUUUCAAGGGUUUGGGAACUUCAACGUCUGCAGAUGCGAAGUCAUAUUUUUCGGAUCUCCCGACACAUUUGCAUGAAUUCAAACACACAGGGGUGAAUGACACAGACAUGAUCGAGUUGGCGUUCAGCAAGCAACGUGUGAAUGAUCGGAAAGACUGGAUUGCGUCGUAUGCUCCUGGGACGUAUUUUCAUCACGGAGUUGAUGAGCUGAACUACGCAAAUUUUGUGAACAAAGAAUUGAUUCUUUUCUCCGUGUACGACAAUGAACGAUCAAUUCCGUGUGUCGUUGACGGUUUCAAGCCAUCACAACGAAAGGUUAUGUUUGGCUGCUUUAAGAGGAAGCUCACGAAGAAAGAGCUGAAGGUAGUCCAACUUGCAGGCUAUAUAUCUGAACAGACUGCUUAUCGCCACGGAGAUGUAUCUUUGCAAUCAACAAUCGUUGGGCUGGGGCAAAAUUUCGUGGGGUCCAACAACCUUAAUUUUUUGGUUCCGGCGGGUCAGUUCGGUACCAGACUAACAGGUGGAAAAGAUGCUGCGAGCGCUCGGUACAUCUGCACAAAACUAGCCCCGAUUGCUCGAGCCAUGUUCCCUGAAGCAGAUGAUGCCGUUUUGUCCUAUCUUGUCGAUGAGGACAAGGUAAUCGAACCGAAGUGGUACUGCCCAAUCAUUCCGACAGUCCUGGUAAACGGAUCAGAAGGAAUUGGUACUGGUUGGUCUUCGUCCGUGCCGUGCUAUAACCCAAGGGAACUGAUAGCAAACAUACGAAGAUUACUUGCAGGAAACCGGAUGGAACCAAUGAUGCCAUGGUACCGUGGAUUCAAUGGUUCUAUUGUACCAGUUCAAAACUCAAAAUCCUACGAUAUUUACGGGACUUUGCGAAAAUCAUCAGAGGAAAAUGUAUUCAAAGUUGAAGAACUCCCCAUUAAGGCAUGGACAUCGGCAUACAAGGAUUUCCUUGAGUCCGUUUUGAUCGGGAGCUCUGAGGGAGAUUCUCCAUUUCUGAAAGACUUCCAUGACAACAGCACUGAGAACACUGUCAACUUCACCCUCAUGACGACUCCAGCUGUUAGCAGGACUCUUUCAUCAUCAGAAGGCUACAAAAAGCUCAAACUGACAAGCUCCGUAACAACGAGCAACAUGGUCCUUUUUAACAAGGAUGGGCGCUUGCGAAAAUACGAGAAUCCUGAAGAAAUUCUUCAGGAAUUCUUUGAGACGCGGUAUGCCCUUUAUGAAGAUAGGCGCCUUCAUCUAUUGAAAGAGCUUGAACAAAAGCUUCUCUGUCUAGACAACAAACAGCGCUUUAUCCUUUUGGUGAUCGACGACAAAUUGAAGGUCGCCAAACGCAGAAAGGAUCAGCUGCUUGCAGAUCUGGUGCGACUGAAGUUCGACCCUAUCCACACGGGUAAAGCGAAGAAAGGCUCUCCAGCAGAUACUCCGGCCAGUGAUAGUGAAGAGAACGAUAAUAGUCCGCAAUCUGGGGACAAAAGGUACGACUACUUGCUUUCCAUGCCACUAUGGUCUUUAACCGCUGAAAGAGUUGCCAAUCUUGCUGACCAGCGCAACAAGACCAAGGCAGAAAAGGAUGCAAUGGAAGAAGUUACCGUAGAAGAUAUAUGGGAGGCGGAUUUGUGUAGGCUAGAAGAAGCUAUCGUUCGAGAAGAGAAGGAGACCGCGGUGAUGGCGAAGGAUCUUGAGAGGGUUGCGAAAGUAGCCCAUGCACGUCAGCAGAAAGGGCGAGGCAGGAAAGGUGCCAAAAAGUAUGAUGAAACUAUCAUUGGCGAUUUAGAAGUCGUGCCGUUGCCAAAUGCGAGAAGUGCAGCUUUGAAGAAGGUCAGAGCACGGAAAACGACUGCUGAAGAAAAGAAGAGUAUCGUUAGAGGCUCCAACACAGCUGCGAGAAAGAAGAAUGCAAAGGACAGUCCUGAUGAUGAUAUGGUCGACAUAAUUUCAUUGCGGGACAGCUCGUCCGAGGAAUCCGACGAUGAGGAGGACAUUGUUCAUUUAAUGGACGACGUGGCACUUGACGACGACGAGGUAAGAAAACCUUCUCUGCCAAAGACAAGAAGGCCACAGAAAAGGUCUGCUAAGCGCGCAGCGGACAUCCCUGAUGAUUUGUCUGAGGAUGACAUGUUUGAGACCCAACCUAAAGCCAAACGCACAGUGAGAACUACUCGCACAAAGACGAGCAAGCGUGACGUAAUCGAUAUCUCAACUUCUGAAGACGAUGAUAAAUCGACUAUGAAAGAGAACAGGUCAACAGCAAACAAUGUCGGUCUUGACUUUUCUGUCGAUAGCGAUGAGGACGAAUCGCUCUCAUUGAGUCAACGGUUGGCGAAAAGGCUAACCGUCUCUGAUGAUGCACCAAAGAAAAGUGGAAAGGCCAAGACGCCUUCCAAUAACCCGGUUCCGAAACAAAGGCCUAGCCGCGCUGGUUUCACAAAGAGGUCCCGCGAACCUGCGCCGAAGAAAAGCGUGGGAGAGGGUUCGGUAUUUUCACCAUCUCCAUCUCCACAACAGAAGAAGACCCGUGUCCGCAGUCCACAAGCUCGAAAAAACUCAAAGCGGCCAACAACGAGCGCUCGGGGCAGUGAAGAUCUGACAGAGGGCGGCGACGUAGGCACCGUCGAAGUUGAGACUCGUCCGAGACGCCAACGCGCAACGAAGAAAAAAGUCGUUUUCAGUGAAUCAGAAUCCUCUGGCGAGGAGGACGAUGAUUUUCUGUGUUCUGAUGACGAUUUUGAGGGCUGCGCAGACGACGAUAGUGAUUUUGAAUAG